AUGUGUAUCAUUUCGGAUAGGCAUGCAAGCAUUAUUAAGGCAACUUCAAAUGUCUAUGAUGAAAUACCUUAUUUCGCGUGUAUAUGGCACUUGUUGCAAAAUAUAAUGAAAAACUUCAGAAAGAGUCAGCAAAAGGUAACAGAAUUGUUCUACUCUAUGGCAAAAACAUACACCACGGUAGAGUUUAAUCAACAUAUGGAAAUUAUUGAGAAGAUAAACAAGAGGAUUAAAGACUACUUGCUGAACAUUGGAUACAACAAAUGGUCACGUGUUCAUGCUCAGGUAAAUAGGACUUGGAUGAUGACAUCAAACAUUGCAGAAUCAGUCAAUUCAAGAACAAGACAUGCCAAAGUUCUUACAGUCUUGCACCUCCUAGAAUUCAUGAGACAACUUGUUCAAAAAUGGAAUAACAAUAACAGGUCAAAAGCAAUAUUUUCAGGAUUUUACCUUGGGAAAAAGUAUAAAAAAAUUCUACAACGUAACAAAACUGCAUUGGAGAAAUUAAGAGUUAGGGAGACAAAUGAAUAUGUGUAUACAGUAUUUGAUGGUAUUACACGAUUCACGAGGGAAUUUAUUGUUGACAUACCAGUUUCACUUGAAUUUCCUCCAGAUGAAAGCACUUGGAAUAUACCAACACACGUUCUUGAAGAGGUUGUACUUCCACCACUUGGAAAGAGACCUCCUGGGAGGCCAAAAUAUAAAAGACACACGCAAUUGAGAGAAGAUGGAUUCAAAAAAUCAAAAAUAACAUGCAGCAAUUGUGGACAACAAAAUCAUAAUAGGAAGACUUGCAAGAAUGUUAGGCCUUUGAAUUAA